AUGUUCCCUACCCGUAGGGACACAAUUGAGAUGUUCCUACCCGUAGGCACAAUUGAGAUGUCCCCUACCCGUAGAGACACAAUUGAUAUGUGCCCUAAUCGUAGAGACACAACUGAGCUGCGCUCUACCUGUAGAGACACAAUUGAGGUGCACUCUACCCGUAGAGACACAACUGUGAUGUGCUCUACCCGUAGAGACACAACUGAGCUGCGCUCUACCUGUAGAGACACAAUUGAGGUGCGCUCUACCCGUAGAGACACAACUGUGAUGUGCUCUACCCGUGGAGACACAACUGAGAUGCAUUCUCCCCGUAGAGACACAACUGUGAUGUGCUCUACCCGUGGAGAUACAACUGAGAUGCACUCUACCCGUAGAGACACAAUUGAGGUGCACUCUACCCGUAGAGACACAACUGUGAUGUGCUCUACCCGUGGAGAUACAACUGAGUUACGCUCUAGCCGUAGAAACGCAAUUGAGUCGCGCUAUGUGCGCAGUCAGCGACACAACAUGAUGCUCUCUUCCCGCACACGGAAUGGCAACUAA